UUGGAAAAUCAUUAGUCUGCACUCUGCUUGUACUUGGUGCUGUGUUGGGUAUACACUAUACCGUAUAAGUUACAAUAUUAUAGCUAUUGUUGUGACACUUCUUCGAAGUUAAGUUUCCUGUCUAUUAAUAUUUUAGUAGUAACUUGCCCAAGUAUUUUAUUCUGCUUAAUUAUCCAGUUUAGACAGAGAUGGCUCCAAACUAUAGUAAGAAUGCUGUACUUAAAGGAACUAUUGACUACUUCUGUGUUGUGUGUGAAACAUACCUCAAGACGGAGGAAGACUAUAUUAAACAUAUAUCUAAACCCACACACAAGAAAAAUUUUGAAAGCACACAGUACGCGAAGGAGUUUGAAGAUGAAUGCAUCAGGAAGACGAGAGUCGGAUAUUUUUGCGAGUUUUGCAACGAGUUACUAACAGUUCUGGCCAGAGUUAGACUUCACGUGACAGACUCAAAGCAUAUGAAUAAUAAGACAUCGUUGGUCAUCGAGAGGAGUGGUGCAGAUGUAGUCGCCUUCGGUGAAAUUGUUAUAAACGAGAGGUCCUGGAACGGCCUUAAUGCUGAAUCCUGCGCUGUUUGCAACACAGAAUAUGAAAAUGAAGACAUACACAAAAACCAAGCCAAACAUAUCAUAAACUUGAUUCAGAGCACUCUAGAAGUUGAUAAGAAUAAAAAUAUAUAUAGAAAGAUAGAUGAACAGCUGUUUCAAUGCCUGACAUGUAACAUGGUGCUUGGUCUAAGCGACAGAACGAACCAUUUCAAUAGAGAUGAUCAUAAAAAACAGUAUGAAAAGUGUCUUCUUUCAAACAAAUCUAAUAAUGAUGAACAAAACAGUUAUGUAACAGAUGAUUUAAAAGAUAAUGACAUAAACAAGGAUGACAAAAAUCAAAAAGACAUCGCCUCCAAUGAGAUCGCGUCAGAUAAAUUAGACGAAAGAAAUAAUUAUCUAUUUAAAAACAAGCAGGGCUAUCUUUUAUGUAUCCUAUGCAGUUUAGGUGUGAAACUGGACGAUAUACACAGACAUAGAAAUAGUAGAAUGCAUAAAAAAAACCUUAAACAGCAUAGGGCACGCAUCGCGGAACUGAUAGAGGCUGGUGGAACGGAUAAAGAUCUAUUCAACUUCAUCAAAGAAUUUGAAGAGAAUCGAAUUUACAUAAAUUUGGAGAGCAAAACCGUUAUUUGUAUGAAAUGUGGAGAUAUUUUAUCAUAUUCUGUUGACGAAAUAAAAGAACACAUUCCCAAACACAAUAUUAAAAAAAAAAUUGAAUGUAAGUCAAAGGAUGAACCAUCUGAUGAGAAAGAUAAAAGUGAAGAUGUUAAAGAAAAGAUAAAAGAUACAAGUGAAAAUAUUAACGUAAAGAAAAAAGAUACCCGAGAAGAUGUUAAAGAAAAGGAAACAGCUGUAAGUGAAGAUGUUAAAGGAAAGAUAAAAGAUACAAGUGAAGAUGUUAAAGAAAAGGCAAAAGAUACACGAGAAGAUGUUAAAGAAAAGAUAAAAGAUACAAGUGAAGAUGUUAAAGAAAAGAAAAAAGAUAUAAGUGAAGAUGUUAAAGAAAAGAUAAGAAAUACAAGUAAAGAUGUUAAAGAAAAGAAAAAAGAAACAAGUGAAGUUGUUAAGGGAACACUAAAAGAAGCAGAAAGGGUAAAUGUUCAAACAAAAACUCAUGGUCAUGAACUUCAAUCACCGAGAGAUAAUAUUCCAGACAAAAAAAAUACAGAUGAAGCCACGGAAAAAAAGAAGCUUGUUAAAAUCAAAUUGCAAAGACAACCAAGCUACAAGUUCAUUGAGAGCACAGCUUGUGUGAAGUAUAUGAUUUUCAACGAUGUUAUUAUAAACAACAAGUAUUGUAUAUCAUUUGAGAGUUUUACAUUUAGAACAUCAAGUGGCGCUGAUCUAGAAUGUCAAGCCUGUAAAGUAUUAACCAAAUUUAGUCAUUUUUCUACGGAGGAACACAUAAAAAAGAUUAAUAUCAUCCCCGUAAUAACUAAUGAUGAAAGUGAAUUUGUUAGACAGGUUCAGAACGACUUAUUUCAUUGCGGAUUUUGCAACAUCGUUGUAUCUUCCUGGGGCAAUAUGCUGGAACAUUUCAACAGCCUGCAACACAAAAACAGCAGGAUUGAAUCAGAAUGGAGAAAGGAACUUUAUUUGUAUGAAAUGUCGAAAAAUGAUCAAAAACUUAAAGACUAUGAACAAAAUAUUAAAAUGCGUCUCUUAAUGAAUAUGUUUCAAGGAAUGUUCUAGAAGUGUGAUUGGGAUACGCUUAAUAAUGUUGUCACACUAAAUAAUGAAUCUCGACAAACCAGGAAUAAUUACAUAGUUUUUUAUAUGAAACUACUGCUGGGGAUUUUUCAGCCAGUAUUUCAUUUCAAAUUUGUAUUUAACUGUAUAUCAAUUGUAACCAAAGCAUUUAUCACCUAUUAAUUUUCUAUCUUUUUUUUUGUUAGUAAUUUUUCCCUUUUUCUUUCAUCUGUACUUUAUAAAACCCACAAUUUUUUUGGUUAUUAUC